CUGCUCAUUUCAUUCCUCAAUCAAUAUCCGUUACUCUUUGUCUUCUCAAAUACAGUGCACUUCUGCGUUCUUCGACAUCAUUCUUCCAUUUAUGCCCACACCAAUAUUGGAAGAAUGUGAAGAUGAAAGGAGGAAACCCUUUAAGGAGCUUUGGAUGGUACCUACAUUUAAUGUAAAUGUGCAUUCCCAAGAUCGUGGAAAGUACUGGACAAGAAAAGGUACCAUUGCUAUGAAUGUGUUGGGUGUUUGUGCACCAACAUGCAAUUUAUCUAUGUUCUUCCAGGUUGGGAAGGCUCUGCACAUGAUGUUCGUGUCCUUCGCAAUGCUCUUUCUAUGCCAAAUGGCUUUAGAGUUCCCAGAGGUACUUGAUAUGGAGGCGAAUACCAUUAGUCAGAAGUAGUAGAGGGAGGGGCAAGAAUAAGCGCUUUUGGACAUGUUAAGAAGAUUCGAUGCAAAUAAAAUAUUUACACCAAUUGUCUAUUGAUCCUAAGUGGAAGGGUGAGGGUGGGUUUAAAAAUGGUUCGAUGAAUAGGUUGGAAGAGUUGAUUAAUGGUGAACUUCCUAGUUGUGGUUUGAAGCUUUUUCCGCACAUUGAAUCAAGAAUCAAACAUUGAUCAGAAAAGUACAUUGCACUUGCGGAGAUGUUGUCUACUUCGAGUUUUGGGUGGGAUGCCGACAAGAAGAUGUUGCAAGUAGAGAGAGCGGUAUUUGAUGAAUGGGCAAAGGUUCAUAAGAAGGCUAAAGGAUUGUAUUGGGUACCUUUUCCUCACUAUGACAUCCUUGAGGAGAUUUAUGCUAAAGAUAAGGCUACGGGUGAUCAGAGUGAGUCUUUUGUGGGAGAAAUUAAUUACAUAGAUGUUGAAGUUGCAAAGAAGCAGUUUUUCAUAGAUAGUGAUGAAGAUGAUGCAGAGUCAAGAAAUCUGUCGACUACUCACUCCGUACAAUCCAAGAAGCGCUCGAUUAAACAAGAGAAUGAUGAUUCAACAUCUUCAAAACAACCCAAGGUCAAGGAAUUUAAGGGAAAGAAAACUCUUUAAGGUGAUGUUGAUAAAUUGGUUUCUUCCCUCCACGAUGGUACGAGUAAUUUCAGGAAAAUUUUGAUAACAUUAAUGCCAAUCUUAGUACGAUGGUUAGUGCGUGGGCUAAAGCUGAGAGGAGAGAGAGCAGAAGAUGGAUGAGAAGGUGAACAAAGUUUUAGAAGAAGUUAUGAAAUUAGAUGGCGUCUCAUCCUCUGAAAGUUUAGAGGUAGCUACAAUUCUCAUUGCUGAAGAACACAAGCUCCGUAUUUUUUAUCAAGCUCAUUCAAACCUCAAGAAACAAUAUGUGCUCGAUCUUCUCAAGAAAAGGUGAAAUGGUCUUCUAAAAAGGAAUAGUCAGGUGCUUAUUUCCUAGUUUAUACACUUCUGCAUUUUGGGAAUUGAAAAGUAAUUGUUAUAGCAUAUUGCAGAUUACUAGUUGAAGUGUUGUAGUUAUGUUUAGUUUUGUUUAGACUUGAAUUAUGUUGAGUUUUAUCAAGGAAAUGAUGGUUAAUGCAUGGAGAAAAUUGGAAAA